UCAAGAGGGAGAUAAAGAUAGCGAUCAUGCACACCCGCAUGGCUCAACGACGAGCUCGAGGUAGUUUUCGUUAUUGUGGUAAAGGAGGUGGGGGCCAGACUGACUCUGCAUCACCCAUAGCAUCGCGCGCCACUCCGCGUGGACCCCGACCUAAUGCUAACAUUCCCGGAGGUCCAACCGGCGGCGCACAUGUCAAUCUUUAGCAGCUCUGAAGUCAUUACGCCUUAUGCAUGUCCAGGCACAUAUGACGAUGCACGCCCUUCUAGUCCUGUUCGUUCAUUAGGC